GUGUAUCUGCAAUUCAACCUGGUAUUGAGUCAAUACUAUUGACACUCAAUAACUUCCAGUGUCCUACUGGUCUUUCCGAACUGGUUCUACCCAAAGUCUUGCCGUUCAACUGGAUUCUCCAAAUGAUACUAUCGGCUAUAUGGCGUUAUGCAUAUCUCUAUGAAUACAGUGAGGCUUUGAAGGUACGGUUCGAGCUGUCGCACGAUGUAUCUCCCAUUGACGUUCUUGUUCAUGAAGGAUGUCAUGACUUUUGGCCUUGCACUACGCUACUACCACUUGGUCGUACAGGACUCCUGCGACAUGAGGGAGACGAGGCUGUUAGAGCUACUCCCAUUCCCUACUCUCCAGUACCUAUGGAAGACCUGUCUGAGUGCUCUUCAGUGAGGAGUUCGUUUGAGUCGUCUGUUGCCUUCGACGACAAGCGAGAGGAUUACGACAGGGAAAUUCCCAGAACGAGAAAGAGGAGAUCUAUUUCUGGCAAGGAUGACUCUGUUGAGAUAGAUUUGGAAGAAAUUCAUAUGGAUGGUGCGCAGUACCGGGGAAGUUCGGCAGGAGGAGAGGACCAUGCUGGUCCCGAUUGGUGCAAUGACCCUGAUAGCUUUCGGGAUUCGGCGGGAGCAGAGGCAGACAAAGAGCCGGAUGAAGAGCUUGAGCGG